UCCCUCCCCCUGGGCCUCGGAGCCCGCCCGCUUGCCCAGUGCGCGGCGCCCGCGGCUCCGCUCCGCGUCCUCUUACCGCCGCCACCGGCCGCUCCUUCCCCGCCCGUCCAUGUCCCUGCCCGUGGUGCUCCCGGGCUCCUGCUGCCCUGUGGCUGGGCUCUCGGGCGGGCCGCAGGCCGGGGGCCCGGGCGCCGCGGCCGCCGCCGCCCAGGAGCCGCCGCUGCCCCCGCUACGGCCGCGCUGGCCCCGGGCCGCGCUGCAGCCCCCGGCGCGGCCUCGCUGCGCGGCCACCGCCGCCGCCGCCGGGGUGCUGGCCCCGCCGCCCGUGCUCUCCUCCCGCCGGGCCGCCGCCGCCGCCGCCGCCGCCGCGGCCCCGGGCUCGGCGCUGCUGCCCGCUCGCCCGCUGUUGUCGCUCGGUCUGCUGCAGCUGAUCCUGGGCUGCUGCAUGGUGGCACUCAGCUUUGGGGCGCUGUCGCUGAGCAGCUCCCCGCAGGUGAAGAACUCGUGCCCGUUCUGGGCCGGCUCCUCGGUGAUACUCUCUGGAAUCAUAGGAUUAACAACUUGGAAACGGCCUAUGAUACUCCUGGUGAACCUCUUUGUGCUGCUCUCUGUGGUGUGUGUCCUCCUGAAUUUAGCCGGAUUUAUCCUAGGCUGCCAAGGGGCCCAGUUCGUGUCCAGUGUGCCCAGGUGUGAUCUGGUGGACUUCGGUGAAGGCAAGAUUUGCUUCUGUUGUGAAGAAUUUCAACCAGCCAAAUGCACAGACAAAGAAAAUGCCUUGAAACUCUUCCCAGUUCAGCCUUGUAGUGCUGUUCACCUUCUACUCAAGAAAGUCCUUUUCGCCCUGUGUGCCUUGAAUGCCCUGACCACCACCGUCUGCUUGGUGGCAGCCGCCCUUCGCUACCUGCAGAUCUUUGCAGCCAGAAGAUCCUGCAUCGAUGAAUCCCAGAUUUCUGCGGAAGAAGUGGAGGAGCACAGACGCAUCCCAGACCCUGACGACUUUGUGCCCCCCGUGCCUCCCCCUUCCUAUUUCGCCACGUUUUACUCGUGCACACCCCGGACGAACCGCAGGAUGGUUGGUCCUGAUGUUAUACCACUGCCGCAUAUCUAUGGAGCGCGAAUCAAAGGCGUGGAAGUGUUCUGUCCUCUGGACCCCCCACCUCCCUAUGAAGCUGUGGUGAGCCAGAUGGACCAGCAGCAGGGAUCUUCAUUCCAAAUGCCAGAAGGAUCAGAAGCUGCCACCAGCCCUUUGGAACCGAUCAGCAUGCCAGUGAUUCAAGGUGGGGACAUUCCUAACACACCUGGAGAAGAAAGCGCAUCCAUAUCAACUCCCAGCUCCAACCAGCUACGUCCGGCGAGGAGCCGGAGAGCUCUCCAGCCCCCGAGGACAAGAUCCAAGAGUGACCCUGUGCUUCAUCAUUCUGCAGAGAGAGCCGUCCCCGUGCUCAGUUGUGAAGCCGCGACUCAGACUGAGGGAAGACCAGACUUGGCUGCGGUGACCUUGAGAAGAGGGUUGAGAUCCCGAGCUUCGAGAUGCAGACCAAGGUCUUUAAUAGAUUACAAAUCUUACAUGGACACCAAGCUGCUGGUGGCGAGGUUCCUGGAGCAGUCCUCCUGCAGCAUGACCCCGGACAUCCAUGAACUUGUAGAAAACAUUAAAUCUGUUUUGAAGUCCGACGAGGAGCACAUGGAGGAAGCCAUCACAAGUGCCAGUUUUCUAGAACAGAUCAUGGGCCCGAUGCAGCCCAGCACUUCCAGGGCCCUUGUGCUGCCCUCGAGGAGACAGCCUGGCCUGCUGCACCUGCGGAGUUGCGGAGAUCUGAGCACCUUUGUCCCCGCGGGGAGGCCGAGAGCCGAGAGGAGGCCCCGGCGAGCGGAGGCUGAGAGGCCACACAGCCUCAUUGGCGUCAUCCGAGAGACUGUCCUGUGAAGCUGCGGGGCCCGGGCUCCUGAGGAGCAGGAAGAAAGAUGGGCCCUGGAAGGCACCCAGGGCCUCUGAGGGGAUGGAUCCCCUUCCUAACCCUGUAGUUUCCUGGCUGGGAGUAGGGGUCCCCCUCUGGGUACUCCUCAGAAAGGGGGCACUCUGGAGAACAUUUAUUCCCUCUCUUUGGCUCCCCUUUCUGCCGGCCAAGGGCACUUGAGGAGGAAUGACAAGUUAUUCCGGACCCAUUUGGCUUUUGGAUGUGCGGAGUUGGAGGCCGUGAAUGAAGCCGCAUCUCCUUCUCUGCCCAGGUCUGCCCUGCUCUGGGCGGAAACGGCUCAGGAUUCUGUGCCCGCCUCACCCCUCGCGGCUCCCUUCCUCACUGAGUUCUUUACCUGGCUGGAAGGGCAGAUCUGCUGGGCGGCUAUUUGCUGCCAAGUGAGAGUGGCACGGAAGCAGGAUGAUUAACCCUGAUAUACUGUGAUGGUCAAGCCUCAUAUUAGGUCACUUUCAAAUCACACUCUCUUUAGGAAAAACAGGAAACUUGUUUGGUGACAGAUUUUAUUGAAAGACAUUGAGGGAGAGGAUUCUUGUUGAUUCCAUUUAUUCAUGCUUGCAAAACUAGAGACAGCUAAGGCAGAACUGAGAAUAAAAGUGUUUACCUUGGACUUCCGGGUUCACUGUGCAACAUUUGUUUAUGCUUAGGUGGCCAGGCCUUACCUUACAAUGGGUUUGGAACUUGCAACAGUGAUGGCCAGGGGGUCAGGUCCGGGCAGGCCACCAAAGCAGCUUAAUCUCAAAAGCACCCAAGCCCCAUGGAUAACAAUGCAUCCUUUAUCCAUUCAGUCAGUGCUUGGCUUCACUGAGCUGCCUUCUCGUGGGGUCAUGAGCAAUAAAUCAGUAAAGUGAUUACAGAUUGAGGAUUAGUGCUAAGGAGGAUGGGGCCAUUAGAGAGGGCUUCUUUGAGGAAAUGACAUUUGAACUGGACUUGACUUUGAGGGUCAGGGAAGAGUGUUCCAGGCAGAGGGAACGGCCAGUGCAAGGACCACGGUAAUUGCAGGCCCGAGCGAGGGGAGAGGUGAGAGGAGCCUCUGGCUGGAUUUUUCUGCUAACAGUGAGAUAUGAUGGAAGAGGUUGCAACAGAAGAGUGCAGGUUUAAUUACAUUUCAGAUGAUCACCAUGCCACGUGGUGACUAGUUUAGGUCAGGAUAUGGGAUAAAGUGGCAGUGAGGAGCUAAACAAAGAGGCCGUACACUGAGAGGCUGGCUGUCCUUGUCGGGUACCGCCUGGGCUCCGGGUACUGUGCUGGGGGCUUGACAGUCUCAUGUCACCCUCGCAACAGCCUAAGAGGUGGAAGCUGUGAUUGUCCCCAUUUUAAAGAUGAGGAAAAUGAGGUUCAGUAACUUGCCCAAGAUCACUCGCAAGUUAAGUGCUAGAGAUGCCAUUCUCACCCAAGCCACCCGUCUCCAGAAAGCACUCCAUUCCUUGACCUCCCAAAUAGUAGCAGUUUGCCAUUUCAUGUUUCUGUGAGAAGAUGGUUGCUGAGACUUCUAGCUUGGUUCGUGGAAGCACAGACUUCCCCAGCUCCAAGACAACAAACAAGGCCAGAGUGGGAAUUGGGGUGAGGUCAGGGCACUGAGUAAAGAAGAGGGGAAAGACCAGAGGCACGGAGCUGGGGCGGCUCUGUGUUCUGGGGGAACACAGAAACUGAGGGCAUCACUUGAUGCCUAUCAGCAGGAAGUGCAGACCUAUCUCAGCUUUGAAGAAUUGCCCCUCAGCCUGGGGAUAGUCCCAUGUAUUUCCAUGGUCUGAAGGUAUUGGUGAACUCAGAUAACUGACUUUUGUCUUCAAGGAAUAUUAAAGUAAAAAAUAUAUAUUAUAUAUUACAAUAUAUAUUUGCCCUGGGAGGGAACUUAGAGGCCACGCAAUUCAUCUCCCUAUUAGU